UCGCGCUUGUCGGGCCCAAUGGCGGCUCCGCUGCUCCACACGCGGUUGCACGGAGAUGCGGCAGCCUCGGCCUCUGCAGUCAAGACGCUGGGGUCGUCGAGGACUGGACUUUCAGAUAUGCUCACAUUAGAGAAUGAUUUCUUCAGUUCUCCUCCAAGAAAAACCGUUCGGUUCGGUGGGACUGUGACCGAAGUCCUGUUGAAGUACAAAAAGGGCGAAACAAGUGACUUUGAGUUGUUGAAGAACCAGCUGUCAGAUCCGGACAUAAAGGAUGACCAGAUCAUUAAUUGGCUGUUAGAAUUCCGUUCUUCCAUCAUGUACUUGACUAAAGACUUUGAGCAGCUUAUCAAUAUUUUAUUGAGAUUGCAGUGGUUAAAUAGAAGUCAGACUGUGGUGGAGGAGUAUUUGGCUUUUCUUGGUAAUCUUGUAUCAGCGCAGACUGUUUUCCUCAGACCGUGUCUCAGCAUGAUUGCUUCACAUUUUGUACCUCCCCGAGUGGUCAUUAAGGAAGGUGAUGUAGAUGUUUCGGAUUCUGAUGAUGAAGACGAUAAUCUUCCCGCCACUUUUGACACCUGUCACAGAGCCUUGCAAAUAAUAGCAAGAUAUGUCCCAUCGACACCGUGGUUUCUUAUGCCAAUACUGGUGGAAAAAUUUCCCUUUGUUCGAAAAUCAGAGAGAACAUUGGAAUGUUAUGUUCAUAACUUGCUAAGAAUUAGUGUAUAUUUUCCAACCUUGAGGCAUGAAAUUCUAGAACUCGUGAUUGAAAAGUUACUCAAGUUGGAUGUGAACGCGUCCCGGCAGGACAUUGAGGAUGCCGAGGAAGCAGCCCCCCAGGCUGGCGGCGGGACGGAGGCCGCGGAAGCGCUCUUCAGCAUGGAUGAGGAUGAAGACCCUGACCGUGAAACAAAGGCUGAGCCACAAAGGCUCGAUUGUAUGGCACAUCCCGUAGCCGAGCGCCUGGACGUCCUGCUGUCUCUGCUUCUGUCCUACAUUAAGGACGUCUGCCGCGUAGAUGGUAAGAUAGAUAACAGCAAAACAAAGGAUUUAUAUCGAGACCUGGUAACCAUCUUUGACAAACUUCUGUUGCCCACCCACGCCUCCUGCCACGUACAGUUCUUCAUGUUUUACCUCUGCAGCUUUAAAUUGGGAUUUGCAGAAGCGUUUUUGGAGCAUCUCUGGAAAAAAUUGCAGGAUCCAAAUAAUCCUGCCAUCAUCAGGCAAGCUGCUGGAAAUUAUAUUGGAAGCUUUUUGGCAAGAGCUAAAUUUAUUCCUCUUAUUACUGUAAAAUCAUGCCUAGAUCUUUUGGUUAACUGGCUGCACAUAUACCUUAAUAACCAGGAUUCGGGAACAAAGGCGUUUUGUGACGUUGCUCUCCACGGACCAUUUUAUUCAGCCUGCCAAGCUGUGUUCUACACUUUUGUUUUCAGACACAAGCAGCUUUUAGGUGGAAACCUCAAAGAAGGUUUGAGAUACCUUCAGAGUCUAAAUUUUGAACGUAUAGUGAUGAGUCAGCUAAAUCCUCUGAAGAUUUGUCUGCCUUCGGUAGUCAACUUUUUUGCUGCAAUCACAAGUAAAUACCAGCUGGUUUUCUGCUACACGAUCAUUGAGAGGAACAAUCGCCAGAUGCUCCCGGUUAUUAGAAACACAGCUGGAGGGGACUCGGUGCAAACCUGCACGAACCCACUGGACACCUUCUUCCCCUUCGACCCUUGUGUGCUCAAGAGGUCGAAGAAAUUCAUUGAUCCUGUUUAUCAGAUCUGGGAAGACAUGAGUGCAGAGGAGCUUCAGGAGUUUACGAAACCUCUUAGAAAGGAGGUGGUGGAAGAUGAAGAUGAUGAUUUUUUGAAAGGUGAAGUUGGGAUUACACCGAGCUCCUUUGACCCGCAUUUCCGGAGUCCCUCAAGUAGCGUGGGCUCCCCUCCCGUGUUCUACCUCCCGGACCAGUCGCCUGGGAUCUCGAGGAUUUGUGAUUGAGACCGGCAGCCACCCCUCCGCGACCCCACGGGACCUGCCGGUACCAGGGCUCAGCCUGUUUGAACUAGAGUGUGUGCCUUGGGCACCUUACUGGCAAAGGCUUACUCUAGCGUCUGAACAGACGGGGCGGAAUUUUUUUUCUUUUUUGCUACCGUGCAGACAAAAGACAAGACUGAAUAUCAUGUGCAAUAUUUUAGAAUGGAGUUGAUGAUAAAUAUUGAAGGCUUGACUUAUGUGUUGGAUGUAUAUUCUAUUUCUGUUACAGCUUUCUGGCAUCAUUGUGAAAUUUCUGCUCUGGGCAGUAGCCUGUUCUAGCCGAUGGCACAUAGGUUAGGUCUGAGCCAUGGUCACAGGACUUUGUUGAUCCAGUUUAUUUUCAGUGAAAAAAAUCCUCUAGGAGGCUAUUCCACAUCUUUAAAAUGAUUUUACUUUGGGUUCAUCGGUGGCCCUCGGCUGGAACCGGAUUUGCGUGUUGGGAUUUCCACACGGUGCGGAGCGGGCGAGAGGAAAGUGGGCAGGUGGCCCGAGCCGGUCCCUGGCCCUGGAAGCAGUGCGGGCACCCAGCGUUUUCAGGGACUGUCAGAGACUGAGGAAACGCCGGAAGAAAGCGAUGGACGAUGCAGGGAACCAGAAGCAGGCGAAUCGUACCCUCGUGAGUGUGAAGAUGAAGUUAAAGGAAACCCAGGAGUUCCGGGUAAAUUAAAUUCCCAGGCGCUGAGACUGGAGGCGGACUUUUAUAAAACACAGCACGGGAUUUUAGCGCGUGGCUCCCAGGACUGCGGUUAGGACGGGAAGUGCUUGUUUGUAGUGGAAUGUUACUUGAGGUUUUUUGUGUAUGUAUUUUUUUAACUAGAGUCAGUUUGGUCAUUUUGAGAAUGUCUGUGUGCUGUGGGGCCAUGGAGAAGGGCCUGGGUUAUGUGGUGGAAUAGUUUUGGUAGCAGCAGCAGGCUACGGUUACAGCCACAGCUUCUCCCUGCUGGCUGGGGUACCGGGGUUGCGAGCUCAGUGAAAUCCUCCUCGGGGAGGCCCUUUUUGUACUUUUAUAAUUAAACACCAGGAGAGAGGCGUCUAAACACCCUCACUUCGUAACACGUGUGUGCAAGCACACGGCUGGGCUCAUUCUGUGGCUCAUGCGUAUUUUAGCGUCAUUCCUUGUGUGUGUACUUCUGUAUUACUUGUGAAAAUGAACAUCUCUAAACAUAUUUAUUUUUCUGCCACUUUUCCUAUUAUUUAAAAGCAAGCAAUAUUUUCUCGAUCGCAAAUAUUUUGUAAUGAAAUACUUUCUAUUUCCUGGGGCUUUGUAUGCUCUUGUAUAAUUAUAUUGAUGGCGAUGUAGAGUAAGUAUGUUUUUGGAAAACAAAUUUUUAUUGGUUUAAAAAGUUUUGGAUAUUGGUGAUUUUCUUUUGGUGACUUGGUGGACAGUCAUUGGAGAACCUUUAGGGUCUCCGCUUUCUAACUGCUGGCUAAAGGUGGGGGGGGUGGGGGUUGUGUCCUGGAUGACUGAGUCCAUGGAAAUGUGUCCCUAGAAAAUCACGGUGAGCGGGCCUUUGUGGGUUGAGACGUUUCAGUGCAGAAGGGUAUCUUUACAAGUGAGUCUGUUUAAUGUCAGAAGAGUUUGAGGAAAAAACCUUUGUGAACAUUGAACAAUGACAUAGUUAAUCUGGAUAUUUUGUUCUUACACCAGUAAUGGAGUGAAGGGAGGUACCCCAAUAAAGAGGCUUCUCACACAGUG